UACCCACAAAGAAGAGGAGAAAAAGGCCUGCGAGGCACAGCCAGGGGGCUCAGGGAGCCAGUGUCAGGUUUCAAACCCAGCCAGCCAUUCAGAGCACUGCGAUGUCGGGGACCCGCCUUGGGCUCCUGGUCUCUAUCCUGUGCUGGGUAGUCAGAGCCUAUCCCAACACCUCCCCGCUGCUCGGCUCCAGCUGGGGUGGCCUGACCCACCUGUACACGGCCACUGGCAGGAACAGCUACCACCUGCAGAUCCACAAGGACGGCCAUGUGGAUGGCACACCCCAUCAGACCAUCUACAGUGCCCUGAUGAUCAGAUCAGAGGAUGCUGGCUUUGUGGUGAUAACAGGUGUGAUGAGCAGGAGGUACCUCUGUAUGGACUUCAGAGGCAACAUCUUUGGAUCCCACCUCUUCAGCCCGGAGAGCUGCAGGUUCCGACAGCGGACGCUGGAAAACGGCUACGACGUGUACCACUCCCCGCAGCACCAAUUCCUCGUCAGCCUGGGCCAGGCCAAGAGAGCCUUCCUGCCGGGCACCAACCCGCCGCCCUACUCCCAGUUCCUGUCCCGGAGGAACGAGAUCCCCCUCAUCCACUUCAACACCCCCAGGCCGCGGCGGCACACGCGCAGUGCCGAGGAUAUGGAGCGCGACCCCCUGAACGUGCUGAAGCCCAGGCCCCGCAUGACCCCCGCCCCGGCCUCCUGCUCCCAGGAGCUCCCGAGCGCCGAGGACAACAGUGUGGUGGCCAGCGACCCAUUAGGGGUGCUCAGAAGCAGCCGGGUGAACGCGCACGCGGGGGGGAUGGGCGUGGACAGGUGCCGCCCCUUCCCCAAGUUCAUCUAGGGAAACCAGAAAGGAGUCCUUUCCCAGCAGUCUUUCCGAAGAAAACUAAACUUUUCGGAGCUUUUCGGAGGGACGUGCGCCCUCCGCAGUCCAGGGAAGGGGAAGGUGGGGAUGAAGUGGGCAGUUAGCGGCUUCUCCCCAUUCACCGGGAGGUCCCCCGAGAAUGUACCUUUGAGGCCUGAGUCAUGGCGCUUUCACCGCCUUCCCCACCCCACCUAUACCACCUUUCCGAACUCUGAAGCCCAGAAAGAUAAACUAGAAGUUUCGCCUUCAUUAAGGAGAGAGGGAUUCCCACCGCGACCACCACCCUUCCCCCAACCACCCGGGGCAGUUUUUCUUCCCUAUGCCUCUCUUCUUCAUCAGUCUAGCAUUAAAAACCAAGCAAUGGCUUAACGAGUUCACCACUUCGAGGUGAAGGGAAGAGCCAAUACCAGUAGCGUCUCCACUGCUCCUUACGUUUGUGUCACCUGCCUGGACCCUGUUGGCAUCUCUGAGUCUGCAACCUUGACUAGGGCAUUAAUAGCUGACUUGGGCAAACUGAUAAAAGUCCUAAUCUCAAGGCUUCACUCUUCCUUGAGCAUCUCUGGAGAAGAGCUGUCAGAAAGACUGGUAGUAGGCUGGUCAAACCGGACCUGGAAUGCUCAGACAAUUAAGGCAAGAAACCAAGCUAGAAAAUUCAACCUCCCUACCGAGUGGGCCCCCCCUUGCCAUGCUCUUUCCCCUUCUAUGCAGCCAGAGGUGGAGGGCCAAGAAUGACUCUGCCUGUUCCCAAGCGGUCCAUGGUAUAACCCUGUCUAUGGGCCCUGUCUUGGGCUUUAGUGAAUUUGGCCAGAGGAAGAGCUUUGGCAUGGGCUCAUGAAAAUCUCCCCUGCUAGGAAAUGGAAAUAAAUUCAAAUUCCCCUCGGAGGCAUUUGAUGAAGCCUACUUCCAGGCUGAGUAGUACCACAUUCAGGAUAACUGUCACAGGGAGGGAGUCUUGAGACAAUGGGACUGCUCUGGGUUCGGUUUUCUGUGGACUGACAGAUUGUGUCCUUCUGUCUUAGUGAAGUGGCAUCAAGGACUCAGAGGAAAAGAAGUCCAAUAAUCAGGGGACCAAAGUGUAGGAGUUACCCAAAGACAAUGCUGUUGGUUCUCCUUACUGCUCUACCGAUGGAGGUAGUUAAACACUCCCGGGCUGACAUGUCUGGGUCUUUGUCCACUUGCAAAUUCUGGGGGCAUUACUGAAGACAGUAUUCAGUCCCAAGAAAACCAAACCUCACUUACCGAACAGCUGAGGCACCAGCCAGGUGGGCCUGAUGCUCAGCCUCCCUCUACCUAGCCUUACUACCUGACUUGGAGUCUUUCUAUGAGGGGGUCCCAUGUUCCUACCUCUGUUUAGAUGGCCGCCCACAGAGCAGAAUGCUAGCAAGCAAAGUACAUUUCAACAACAGCUUUUUGCAUCACCUUGUUUUUUCCCACUGCCAUCAUGCCCCGAGCCUUAGAAACCGAUCCGUUGUUUUUACUUAUGAAACAUCGGACAGCAGUUUUCACCUGAUGGUUUUAAGCUGAAUUUGAAGUUCUGGUUCCUGUUCUGAAACACUAAAACUAUGUAUACAACUAUAUAGCAAUGCAUGGCAAAUAUUUUCUCCAUAGUUUUCAUUUCCUGUUGGAGAUAUUAUACUGUUUAAAAGCUUUUGGAAGCUCCCAUACUGAUAACUAGAUGUAAAAUCCCAAAAGGACUUUGGCAGAAAACUGGUUGUAAUCUUAUAAACGCAAUACCAUUUAUUAGGGGUUCUUCCUUUGGCAGAGCCGGAGUAGUCCCCACAAUUUCCUACGUUCCUUAGCAUGUGGCAAUAUUUAUUUAUUUAUUUGGAAAAUUUGCUUAUUGCUCAGUAUUUAUAGAUAUUUAUAAAAAUGUAACCCCACUUUUUUUCUUUCUUCUGUUUAAAAGAAAAAUAAAA